AUAGGGCUCCAGCAGUUAAUGUUGCCCCAGGGCCUCUGAGUAGUUUCAUCCAGCCCUGGAUAAUUGAAUGCGCUUUCCAAAUUCAUUUGCGCACACACAGCGUAUGUUACGGUUUCGUCCCACACCCGGAAGCAGUGCACGCUCCCGCACUCGCCUCUCUGCCGCCUUCUUCUGGCACACAGGAGUUUAACUCCUGGCUCUUCAUGCUCAACUUAUUGACGGUAACCUGUCACUGAUAAUCGACGCGGCUUUCGGAAUACAGUUUGGUGAAUUGUUUUCGCGGUACCGUAAGCGAAGGCUGAGCAGCGCGUGUCCGGACCGCAGUCCCAUCCCCGCCGUCAGUCAGUGACAUUGACACAUCAGUAGUGUUGUGCUGCUUGCACAAGUUACUGUGUGUACGGUAACGUUUCCCCGCAGUUCCCCCUGCUUCUGCUACAAUGAGCGAAUACUUCAGCCUGUCGGACAGUGAUGUUAUCGGCUUCGACCUGGACCACACGCUCUGCCGCUACCAUCUGAAGGAGACCUCCAGGCUGAUCUAUGAGAGCUUUGCCAGGUUUCUGGUGGAGCAUAAAGGCUAUGACAAAGACCUGCUGAACCUAACCCCUGCUACCUGGGAUUUCUGUUUUAAAGGACUCGUGGUGGAUCUGGAGGAUGGAAACCUUGUGAAGCUGGCUGAAGAUGGAACUGUCUUGCGAGCGACACAUGGAACCAACAACCUCAGCACAGAAGACAUCAUCAAACAUUAUGGUCCUAAAAGGGAGUGGAAGCACUUCAACAGUCUCAAUACAUCCUUCACAAGAUCUGCAAAAUACUAUUUCUAUGACAACUACUUUGAUCUACCUGGGGCUCUCCUCUGUGGAAGAGUUGUGGACAUGUUGCAUAAGAGAGGAAAUGAGGUGAACUCUGACUUUUGGAAAGACAUGGUUGCUGCCAUCGACCACAAUUACAACACAUCUGCGUUCAAAGACGAUGCAGGGACGUACUUCCCCAGUGUGAAGAGGGACCCAGGCCGGUACCUGCAGCCCUGCUCUGACUCUGUCAAGACCUGGCUGCGCAGCAUGAAGAACGCCGGGAAGAUCCUCCUCCUCAUCACCAGCUCCCACAGCGACUACUGCAGGCUUAUCUGUGAACACAUCCUGGGGAAGGAUUUCGAAGAGCUUUUUGAUGUCAUCAUCACAAACGCUCUGAAGCCCGGUUUCUUCUCCUUGGUGCCCCAGCAGAGGCCCUUUAGGACCCUUGUGAACGACGUGGAGGAGAGCGAGGGGCUGCCGUCACUGGACAAACCCGGCUGGUACUCCCAGGGCAACUGGCCGCACCUCCUCGAGCUGGUCAAGACCAUGACAGGCAAACAGGAGCCAAAGGUAGUGUAUUUUGGAGAUAGCAUGAGGUCAGACAUGUUCCCUGCCAGCAGCUUUGGGAAGUGGGAGACAGUGAUGAUCGUGGAGGAAAUGGAGGGGGAGGGCGUUCCGAAGAGUGAUGCGGCGAUGUCCAAUGAGGCCCAGGUGGAGCCGCUCGAGAAAAAGGGAAAGUUUGAGGAGCAGGGCAUGAAGUCACCCUCUGAUGUGUCCAAGCAGUGGGGCUCCUACUUUGUCGACGUACAUAAAAGCGGAGGAGGUGACGAGGAGACCCAGAAACUGACCUGGUGCUGCCACUGCAUUCACAAAUAUAGUACCAUGGCCAUCCCUAGUGUUGAGCACAUAGCAGAUCUCCCUCUGGAUUACAAGUUCCCCAGGUUUUCUCCGGAUAAGCCCUGCACCACAGGCUACUACCCCAGGCCCCCGGAUUCUUUGCUGAAAUGGUGCGAGAGUCUGUCUUAAAAAAAAAAAAAAAGGAA